UCCUAGAACCUUCUUUCUUCUCCACCAAACUCUCUUUAUAGUCUCAUUCAUUCCAAUUGAAAAUUCAUAAACCCUAAUUUCCCCAAUUCCCCCAAUUCAAACCCUCCGAUUCGAAAAUCCAUGUCAAGCAAUCUCUCACCUGGCUUCCGAUUCCACCCCACCGACGAAGAACUCGUCGGCUUCUACCUCAAGCGCCGCGUCACCGGUAGACUCUUCCACGGCGACCCCAUCGGCAUCGUCGAUGUCUACAAAUACGAACCCUGGGACCUUCCAUGUUUGUCGAAGAUGAAGACGAGGGAUUUGGAGUGGUACUUCUACACUGGGCUUGACAAGAAGUAUGGGAAGGGUUCGUCCAGGACGAACCGCGCGACUGAGAAGGGUUAUUGGAAGACUACCGGGAAGGAUCGUCCGGUUAAUCACGCUAACCGCACCGUCGGGAUGAAGAAGACGCUUGUUUAUCACUUCGGUCGCGCUCCGACCGGGGCGCGGACUAACUGGGUUAUGCAUGAGUAUAGGUCUGUUGAUGAGGUGCUGGCUCAAUCUGGAGUAGCGCAGGAUGCUUAUGUGCUGUGUAGGAUUUUCGAGAAGAGUGGCGCGGGGCCCAAGAAUGGAGAGAAGUAUGGGGCUCCUUUGAUAGAGGAGGAAUGGGACAAUUUUGAUAUGAUUAGUCCCUUGGCUGCUUUUGGUGAUGAGUAUAUAAAUGAAGUGCCUGAUGUGGAUGGUUUGUUGGAAACAAAGGACCUCGAUCAGGAUCAGGACCAGAAGCACGUGGCUCCCUUGGCCCCUUUGGCGGUUGUGGAUGAUAAGCUUAUGAAUGGAGUGCUUGAUGAUGGUGAUUUUAUGGAAACAAACGACCUCGAUAAGAAGCUUGAUAUGCCGGCUGUUGCGAUUGGGAGUGCUGAUUUUCCUUCAAACUUCCAUUACGGGGAGUGUAGUAGCCUUCCUGAAUAUUCCCAAGCAUUCAUCAGUGAUCGGAAGCUAUUGGAAGACACUAUGGGAAAUUCUGGGCCUGAAAAUCACCAGCCUUUUAAUAUGGCUCAGCAAUAUGGUGCUGACACCAAUGCAGGGAAUGAUGGAGGAGACACUGGUGAGCUGAGCUAUGAUGAAAAGCCUCUGAAUUUCGAUUGUCUUGAUAGUCUAGCUCAAGGCUUGAAUCCCAAUUGGUCUCCUCUGAAUCUUGAUGAAAUCCUGGAAACCGAUGAUCUUGCAAAUUUGGCAGAGGGUAAUCCUGCCGAGGCAGAUUCUUCUGUUAUUGGCAUGGUAGAUGAGUAUCUUUCAUACACUGAGGAUGAUAUUUACAAGUAUAUAUGUUUUGAUUCUCCUGGGAAUGAAGGGAGUGAAAUCGCCAUUCCUGACCAAGGACCACAGCCCAUCCAGCAGAAUGUGGAGGUCGAAACCCGUGAUAUUUCCGUGGCAAGCAAACCUGUUUUUGAAGCACAAUCUAGCAAUGAAGCUUCUUUAAAGCAGCAUGUUCAUCAGACCUCCAAGUUUGUAUCAGAAGAUUCAAAUCCAAUUGUAAAGCAUGCCCAUAAAUUGUUGGCCAGCAUGCCUGCUCCACCUGCAUUUGCUUCAGAGUUUCCUACUAAGGGGUUUGCUCUUGGGCUUCAUCCUGGUGCCCAGUCUUCAAAUACCACCCAUAUAGCAGGUAUGAUCAGCAUAACAGACAUUACUUUAAGAGGCAAUGCGAUGGAUUGGAUGGUGGGCAAGAAUGGAGGAUUUAAUGCCACCAUAAUGUCUUCCGGGUUUUCUCAAUCUGACUUUAACUCUGAUUCUUUGAUGCCUAUUUCUGACUUGGUCUCUAGCAAGACUACAUGUGUGUUGUCACAUGGCUGUUUAUACUUGAUGGGGUUUUCGGUUCUGAUUCUCUCACUGAGUUUCAAGAUUGGAAGCUACAUGUAUACUGCUAAAUGACAACUGUAAGGUUGGCUAUGAGAGAGUAAGCUCCACCAGUCUGUUAGGAUAUUAUUUUGUGUUGUUGAUCGCGCUCAUUUUAUGAUUAGGAUCCCAUGAACUUGUAGAUUUCUUUGUGGUAGUUUAGUCAUACUAAUCUAUACCUUCAUUGUAACAUAUUCACCUUUACAUACAUUUUUUGUUUCAGAGUGCCAACUUAGAGUGACACGGUCUUUGAUACAAUUCCUAGUAUAUAUUAUUAUUAUUAUUAAUUACUUUGAAUA